GCCAAUGGUUUCCUCAAGAUUUCCAUCGAUAUUACUCUCUCUCAUUCUGUUACUCCUGACCAUCAUCCCUCAAACCCUUGCUUUUCUAUACAAUGAAUGCGUAGAUGACAAAGGCAAUUACACACCUAAUAGCACGUAUGAAGAAAACCUCAAAACGCUUCUCUCCUCUCUUCCCGCUAGCAACGGUAACGGCUAUGGCUUUUACAAUUCUUCCUAUGGCAGCGGGGAAAGCUCUAAAGAUCAAGUUCAUGUAAUUGCGCUUUGCAGAGGCGAUGUUCCGCUGGUUGAAUGCCGUAGCUGCCUCAAUGAUUCAACAAAGGCUCUCCCAGAGCUCUGUCCCAACCAAAAGGAAGCUAUUGGUUGGUAUGACAGUUGUAUGCUUCGCUAUUCAAAUCGCUCCAUUUAUGGAACCUUAGAAACUUUGCCUUUUUUCUCUAAAGUGAACCCAUUUAACGUCUCAGCGUCAAGCCUGGAUGGCUUCAACCAAGAGCUAAGGAAGUUGCUCAAAAUCCUAAAAAGCGAAGCCGCAAAAGAUGGUUCCCUUAUUAAGUUUGCAACUGGAAACGCCAGCGCUCCAGGCGUCACAACAAUAUAUGCACUUGUACAGUGUACGCCGGAUUUGUCCCAGCUAGAGUGCAAUGACUGCUUAGACGGUGCCUUAGUAGACAUCCCAACCUGUUGUGAUGGGAGGAAAGGUGGGAGAGUCAUUAGACCCAGCUGUAACUUCAGAUAGGAAGACUUCCGUUUUUUUAACCCUAACGUGGUACUGCCAUCAACAAUAUCUCCUCAGUCAUCAACAAUAUCUCCUCAGCCAACAACAAAUACUUCCACAACUCCCGCAGGACUGAAGAAUGAUAAAUCGCGAUCUCGAACUGUCAUCAUUAUUGUUGUGCCAAUCGUUAUCUCUCUGGUGCUAAUUAUAUCCCUCUACGUUUGCUUAAAAGCAAGGAAUGAGAGAAAGGAAAAACUUGAAAUACUCCCUGCAGACAGUCAAGAUACCAAUGAAAUUAGAACUGCGGAUUCCUUGCAAUUGGACUUUGACACCAUCAGAGUUGCAACAAAUAACUUUUCUGAAGCAAAUAAACUUGGCCAAGGCGGAUUUGGUUCUGUAUAUAUUUUAAUGGGUACGCUUCUCAAUGGAGAAGAUAUAGCAGUAAAAAGGCUUUCUAUAAAUUCCGGGCAAGGAAAUUUAGAAUUUAAAAAUGAAGUGUUGUUAAGGCAACAGCUUCAGCACCGGAAUUUAGUGAGGCUUCUUGGUUUUUGCUUGGAAAGAAACGAAAGACUUCUUGUGUAUGAGUUUGUUCCUAACGCAAGUCUUGAUCACAUCAUAUUUGACCGUAUCAAGCGUGAACAUUUAGAUUGGGCUAUGCGCUAUAAAAUCAUAGUAGGCAUUACUCGAGGGCUUCUUUAUCUUCAUGAAGAUUCUCGCCUCAGGAUCAUACACCGUGAUCUCAAAGCCAGUAACAUCCUAAUAGAUGCAAAAAUGAAUCCUAAAAUAUCAGACUUUGGCAUGGCAAAGUUGUUCCAGCUUGAUCAAACUCAAGGCAAUACGAGUCGAAUUGUUGGGACUUAUGGAUACAUGGCUCCAGAAUAUGUAUUACAUGGACACUUUUCUGUUAAGUCCCAUGUCUAUAGUUUUGGUGUAGUAGUCUUGGAGAUGGUAAGUGGACAGAAAAAUAAUUGCUUCCGUCAAGGAGAGGAUGUGAAACAUCUUUUAAGCUAUGCGUGGAAAAGUUGGAGGGAAGGGACGGCUUCAAAUCUAGUAGAUCCGACAUUACGGAAUGGUUCAAGAACUGAAAUAAUGAGAUGCAUCCACAUUGGCUUGUUAUGCGUGCAAGAAAAUGUUGCUGCUAGGCCAACCAUGGCAUCUAUUACCCUCAUGCUUAAUAGCUACUCCCUCAGUCUCCCACCACCCUCACAACCAGCAUUUUUCAUGCAUAGCAAUGUUGCAUCCAACAUGUGUUUGGGUUGGGAGGAUAAUUCAGGGGUGACAGGGUCGUCCGAUCGAUCCAAGAGCAACUCUGCCAAAGCAUCGGACAAUGAAGCUUCCUUUACCGAACUAUAUCGUCGCUAG